GGAUUAGGGUCUUCGAGAUCAGACGAUAUUGGACAAUGUGUAAUUCAAGGUCCUGGGUCAGCAAGAGGUUGGAUGAAAGGGAACAUUGGGGAAGCUAUCGAAAGGAGAAGCUGUCUGGAAAAUGAUGGAAGCUUUGCCAGAAACUCCUAACACUGUACCAUGAAGGGUCUGGCCCACCAUCUGGUCUCCUCCAUUAGGAGGUCAGGUGCACACCACAAGAAUUUUGCACACGAGCCAACAAAAUAUACCUGACAUGAGCACAGAGAUCCAGAAUUAAAUUCCUUGAAGUGCGUUACCAGAUUGUGAUUGACUUUAGUUCCACUACACAUAAAAAUCAUUGUACUAUGUGCUAGAAUUCAAUAACAAAGAGCCACACUCAUGGAAGGAGCCAGCUUAGUUGCAUGCCACAGUAGAACUUGAUGUGCCUGACCCAAAUAUUGAUCUAGUUGCAUCUCUCAGAUGCUGACGCCGUAAUUUCGGAUCUUCACCUUUCGUGACCUUUAUUAAAAUUAUGUUAAAUAAUUUUCUCGCAUUUCUUUAACCACCAAGAGACCGCCUGCAUAUUGUAAUGUUGCUCAAUGUUAACUAUUGAUUGAAGUCAUAUUGGGUGACAAUGUGCUCUGUAAUUUAAAUCUGCUGCUGUUUGUGUUGAAAGGAAUAAAUCAGCAGGUUUUCGAGGUACAAGAUACACUAUUUGGUUCCCUGGAACCAGUCAGGGCGUUCUGAUGGUUCUGUUCAGAAGGAAGAGACGCCUUCCCUCCUUUCAUUUGUUUCAGAAAUCUCUGCAGCAGUUCCUCUUUUAGAUGUGGUCAGGUUGCUAAAGGGCACAGUGAGUCGGUGUUGAUAGUGUUAUCAGUGUGCACCGAUCGACAGCGCCAAAGGUGCUAAUCAGUCACACCUCCCAGCGAUGCCGUCACAUGUGAGUGGAAGGAGCCUCCUAGUCAGAGUUGGUUAGCUGCUUGCUAAUUACCUUGGCUUGGAUACAAGGGUUUCAGGGCAGGAUUCUGUGAGUCACUUCCUGUGCUUGUUGGGCCCCUAUUCUUGCCUCAGUUCUGUCAGAGCAGUCAGUCUUCAGCCUGCCUGCCUGCCUUGCAGACUGUAUGUUAGAAGCCCCAACCACUUCACAAGAGGAGAGAGCACAGUGAACGGCUCAAGCAUUUACCUUCACAGGGAGCACUUUGAUCAGUGACCUGAAUUCACUGCUGAUACUGUUGUCGGGUGGUGGUGUGGGGCCGAAUGGAUCACUUUCUCAUCUCUAGCCUGUGGUCACUGCAAUGAAUAGUGACAUUCCCUCUGACUGUAUUCUCGGGUGACAGCUGCCGGUGAAAGAUGAGUGAGCGCUUCGAUUGUGACAACUGUAAGGAGUCGCUGUAUGGCAGGAAAUACAUCCUCUCAGAAGAAACCCCCUACUGCAUCCCAUGCUAUGAUACCCGGUUUGCCAAUACCUGUGAUGAGUGCAAAGAACUAAUUGGCCAUGAAGCUAGAGAACUGUUCUACGAAGACCGUCAUUACCACGAGCAUUGCUUCAGGUGUUAUCGGUGUGACAGAUCUCUGGCAGAUGAGCCAUUUACAUGCCAAGAAGAGGAGCUGUUAUGCAAUGAUUGCUACUGCAGUGAAUUCUCUUCAAAAUGUAUUUCCUGUGACAAGGUUGUCAUGCCUGGUACCAGGAAACUUGAAUACAACGGCAACACCUGGCAUGAAGGCUGCUUCAUUUGCCACACCUGUGAGCAGCCCAUAGGAUCAAAGGCCUUUGUGCCUGACAAGAGUGAGAUUUACUGUGUGCCUUGCUACGAGAACCACUUUGCUCCACGAUGCUUCCACUGCAAGAAGGCUCUGACCAAAGGAGGGGUAACCUACCAUGAGGAGCCUUAUCACAAGGAAUGCUUUGUCUGCUGUGGAUGCAAGACUCAGCUGGCUGGCCAGCACUUCACCUCCCGAGAGGAAUCUCCGUACUGCCUCAAGUGCUUUGGGAACCUGUAUGCCAAGAAAUGUGCAGCCUGUGCUAAACCCAUCACAGGUUUUGGAGGCGGCAAAUACAUUUCCUUUGAAGAUCGCCAGUGGCACCAGAGCUGCUUCUCCUGCACACGAUGCUCGGCCUCGCUGGUUGGAAAAGGAUUCUUUCCCGAGAAGGCUGAUAUUCUUUGCCGUGAAUGUAACAGUGACUUGUGAAUUGAUUGUUGACUCCAGUUCGAUUCUUCAUAUACCUUUUUGUACAUUUAAGUUGCACCAGUCCAGCAUUAGGCCAUUUCAAGCACGGGUUGUAUCCUGGAGAUCUUUCCUCUGUAUACUUUCCUAGUGGUAUUUUAUACACUUAUUACCAUGCAGGAUGCCUCAUCUCCUCCUAGCAUCACUCUACAGAUAGAGAGGCUAAGCAACUCUUGACAAGAGUUUUUGCAGCCCGAUAUUUUCUCCUAAUCACAUCGCUGAAAUUAGUCAUUUCUGUUACUUAUUCAAUAGUGUUAAAGUUAUGCUUUCUAUCGCAACACAUUUAAGAUGCCAAAUGAGUAACACAAACUUCUGAAUGGUUUAAAAGGUAAAUGUUCAAAAAGUUAAAAACUCAACCCAUAGGGCACAAAAUGAUGCUAAAUAUGCUUCCCAUCACAUAUCAUCAUCCUUUGAGUCCAUGGGUAGAACGAGAUGUAUGCGUGACAAGCACCAUUCUGGUCCCAACCAUGCUACAUGCCCACUCAAACUAAGAUCAUAUUGAGCCAUUCAUACCUGAAAAAUUCUAGUUUGUUCCCUAGACUGUGGUGAAUGUGUUCUUCUCUGUCAUGGUCACCUUACGAUGUUACAAUUGCAGAACCACAUCCAAAGAUACUGCUAGCUCUAAUACUGCUGGUCCAGAGUAGGUGAUCGCUGGUUGAAGCACCCCUGAGUAUGGAUAUUAAAUAAAGAUAGAACUGGACUGCCAGUUAUUUUGCAACCCUCCACCACCAACUCCAACCCCAAUCCCUACCCUCUCCUCCACAGCCUGACCAAGGUUAUACAAGCAAAUAGUUUGUCAUAAAGGUACUUAAGACGGAAUAUUUUUCUUGUCUCUCCUGCAAGACACCAUUUUCAAUUGGAUGAAUGAAUAGUGAAAUAAUUGCCAUCACUAGGUAUUCACUCAGAAUGUGUUUUUCUACAUCGCUGACACCCGCAAGAAGUGAUACUGGACAUUACACACCUUACACACAAGCGUGCAUGGGUUGGUGUGUAAACCUCCUGAGUGACCUGAAAAGCAGCCGUGUCCCAUAUCAUCCCACUACAUUUGGGCAAAUCAAUGGCAGCAGAACACAACAGAAUUGUUUGGAAAUGGGGAGAUGGAGAUUUUGAUUAGACAUCUGGGAGUAAUUAUUUAUGAAAAUGUUACCAUCCUUUCGAGCAGUUUUCAAGUGGAGUGGCUGACGUGCAAACACUAAAUUAAUUUAUGAAACACACCAAUAUUGCAACUCAAAAGGCAGCCAAGUUGGUAUUCUGGAAGACUAGGAGAAAAUAGACUUCGCAACUCAAUACCCUUUCAGUUGUAUUUUAAACUGGAUACCCAUUCCUUGAUUGAUGGUAACCUGUGAUAUCAUUCCAAUCUGUUACUCGUCAGCUGGUAUAAUUAAUUCUGCUUCGCUGAUGAAAUCCCUGUCUCCGACUUCUUUGCACCCCGCCCAUCAGUUAAUUGACCUGAUCUUUAAAUAAACGCGUUUUUCCACAGCCAGCCAUCCAGAAUCCACAUCAGUUCAUUUGCCAAUAACACAAUGGUUCAUUGCAGUUCUUAUUAGCAAGGCAUAAUAAACACCACUCGGAUUGCAGUAAGUCACAUGAAAAAAGUUGGCCGUGAGUGAAUUCUUGAAUUUGCGUGUUGCGCGAUUGGAUUGAACAAUUCCCCAGCUCUUAGGAUCAAUUAAUAGAUCACUCAAUCAAUGCUUGCCUAAUCUCUUCUCUAAAACUCUGUUAUGCGAAUAUGCAAUCAAGUGAUUAUGCCCUUUACACAUUGUACAGCAGAUUGUGCCUUCUCUGUGUCCACCAAUUUGGAAGAUUCGAUAAAUUUGAAACAAAAACCUGGCCCGUUCCACCUGUUGGUAUUUAGCAAAGUUGCACCCGACCUUGCAAGGUUCAUCAUCAUUCCUUUGCCUGGGUGUUGUGAUGCGGCUCAGUGGGUUCAAAUGGGUUAGAAGUGCAUGGCUGCACUUGUUUUGAAGAGAUUUAAAGUUAAUAGUCCACCAUGCUUGGAAUGUUGUAUUUCACCCAAUGUUGAAAUUGGCACUUGCUUUUUUUCUUGUUUUGACCAGUGUCAGAGAAAAAGAGAGGGAAGAUGCUCUGUGCACGUGGGGUUUCUUUUCAUCUAAUGAAAGACAUGGUUACAACGCUCUACAAGCAGUAAUAUAAUGUAGAGAUGUGCAAUAUUAAUCAUCAAUUGGCUGCUUUGUCAAUAAUUUUAAAAGCAACAACUAGAUUUUUAUCAUCUGUUUUGGCCACAGAUGUGGCCCUACAGCAAUAUUGAACACUCUUCUCACUGAAACUAGGAGGUUUAUAUCUUCACUAGUUUCAUAAGAUAAGUUGCUGAGUUUCACUGAAAGCUGAUUCUAUCAAGUCAAUGAGUAAGUUACAUUUCAACUGCUCAGAAGUAGAUGGAUUAAAGGAUUGGAAAUGCAAACAUUGGUGCUGCGUCACUGGCUUCAGUCUAAAAUCUUACUGAGACGGAGUUCUUGUUUACAGAUGAGUUGAUACAAUUCCAAACACUUCAACUCUCUGAUUUAGAGGUUUGUAGUUUGUCAUUCAUAUGUCCAGAUAUAGUCAUCUUUUUUUUGUAUUUACUGUAACAAGUUUCCUGUUUGAGGAAUUCACAAUAGUUCCCGGUAAUUGUGUGUCUCAGUGUGAUACUUGUACAGUGGUUAAUCAUUAUAGAGACACAAUGGGGUGAGCCGCAAAUCACCAUAAGUAUUGUGGAUUUGACUUUGUUUCAUCAAUCCAGUGAAUCUUUGAGCUUGGUUUGUCAAACUCUUCAAUUGAGCCCCUUGCUGAAGUGAUAUGUCCUAACUACAGGUAGAAGGGUGGGGUAGAAUAGUUGGUUCGAGUUGAUCUAUCAGUAAUGGUACUGCAGAAUGGUUUUCAAUGAAUGUGCUCUUUGACAUUGUUGCAGGUGGGAUGACUGAAUAGCAAAAUGGCUCCAACUAUCACAUACAACAUGGAAUAUUUGCAGUACUUUCACUCAAUAAAAUGUUUAACAGCAAGCACAGAUCCUGUCAUGAUCUCUAUUCUAUUAGCUGACUAAGUUAGCCACAACAGUCCUGCACUCAAGAAGGAAUAAUUUGCCAUAAAACCGCAACAAAUAUCAGACAUCACCAGGUAUUUAGAAGUGCCAGCUGAGGACAUUCAGACUUGAUCGUGAUUUAUCAAAUACCAUUUACUUAAACUGACUUUGUUAUUGAGGAGAGACGCCUCAAAGUGUACAAAAUAAACUUUAAAUGACUUGGCUCCCUACAUGUACAUCACAUGAACCUGGUAUGCUCCUUCUUAUCCAACAAAUUCCAGAAGCCCAAAAGAUUUAUUACUAGUGCCCAAAAAAAACAAUAACCGUUGGCAGAAUCAAACCUCCUUCCACCACCCUGCGACCCAAAGCUAUGAUAUUGGAACAGUGCAUAAAAAAUGAAUGUGUGAGAAAACUAAAAGUAAAAUAAAAUAGUCCACCAACAAUGGAAACUUGGUGAUGGCUUCUGUGUUGUGGUACACACAUUCCUGCUUAUCCCCUCAUGGAAAUUCCCUUGAUGUUACAACAAACAAAAAAGUGUAAAAUUGCCAAAUGUUGGUGUGUGUGUGCGCAUUGAUUUUUUUUUCUUGUUGUUUGUUGUUCUUUUGAAAUCUUUUUUUCCUGUUUUGAUCACGUGAUUUGUAACCAAAUACUAUUGGGAAUAGUGGGCCAGUCCCACGCCUCACAAGAGAGUUUACAUAUAGCAGAAUGUUAUGCAUGUCAAGUUUUUUUUUUUAAUUAACCACUUAAGCCAAAUUCAUAUAUAACACUUGUAAAAGCUUUGAUGCUGGUAAGUCAGAGUAUUUGUGCAUUGUUUAACAUAUGCACUGUAGCAUUAAAACGUCUGUUUAGUUUAGUUUUUCUGCCUGACUGACUUACUUUUUCAUUUAUGUUUUUUUUCUAAAAUGCUUGCACAAAAAUAAAGAAAUUAGCCUGAA